CUGGCCCACGCCCCAGUACAAUAGGUGGCGGUAAUGCAUCAUUACCCCUUGACUGCCACCUGCAGAUAAACCCCCCGAAGAAGAAGAAGAAGCCCGUCAGCCACCUUCUUAGCUUGUUAGCCAAUAUAGCCGGAACAUUGCAGCUCUUCAGACGGUUUCGGUGAAUGGGAAGUUGCUGUGUUGAAAGCACACGUCUGACGUAUCUACUAGUUACCCCGUUUAAUUUUAUAAUUACGUUGUUAGUCAUCUCGCUAGCUGGUUAAGUUAGCACUAAGCUAGUUGUUUAUGCUAAUUAACUAGCUAGCUAACAUCCCCGACCAUGAGCUCACUAAACAACUCCCCCACUGCCAAAGGACAGGAGGUCUGCUGGACGGAGAAAGAGGGUCUGUGGCUUAAUAUUGUCGUCAAAGAAGAGGAGGAAGAGGAGGACAUCACAUUGAAAGGAGAUACAGGAGCGCUCAGAGAGGAAGAGGAGGACAUCACAUUGAAAGGAGAUACAGGAGCGCUCAGAGAGGAAGAGGAGGACAUCACAUUGAAAGGAGAUACAGGAGCGCUCAGAGAGGAAGAGGGGGAUGUCGUUUUUGGAGUGAAGGAGCUGGGGGAGGUCACUGUCACAUUGGAAAAUGAGGAGGGAAAAACUGGAGAUCUGAUGAACACCGGAGAGAGGCCAGACUUUCCCUCUGACAGCAGGAAGAGUCCCUCAGGGGAACCAGACCCAGAGACACCCAAACCAGUGAGACCACACCACUGCUCCCACUGUGGAAAGAGCUUUACCUGGUUAUCAAAGCUGAAAGAGCACGAGAGGACACACACUGGAGAAAAGCCUUACCAAUGUGUCAUUUGUGGAAAAACUUUUACCCAGUUAGGGGGCUUUCAAUAUCAUGAGCGGACACACAGAGAAAACAAUACCUACCACUGCUCUCAGAAUGGAACGACAUUUCCCCAGUUAGGGAACCUGAAAAAGAACGACAGAAUUCUCACACAGGGAGAGAAGACAAACCACUGCUCCCGGUGCGGAAAGAGUUUUAAAUGGUUAUCAAAGCUGAAAGAGCACGAGAGGACCCACACAGGAGAAAAGCCUUUCCAAUGCUCCCAUUGCGAAAAGAAAUUUAACCAGUCAUCGCAUCUGAAAGAGCAUGAGAGAAUACACACAGGAGAGAAGCCGUACCAAUGCUCCCAGUGUGGAAAGGGUUUUACCUGGUUAUGGAACCUGAAAACACACGAGAGGACACACACGGGAGAAAAGCCGUACCAAUGCUCCCUGUGUGGAAAGACCUUUACCCAGUUAGGGGGCUUUAAAUAUCACGAGAGAACACACACAGAAAAAAAGAGCUACCACUGCUCUCAGUGUGAAAAGACAUUUACCCGGUUAGGGAACCUAAAAAAGCAUGAGACAAUACACACACAGGAGGAGACAAUACACACACAGGAGGAGACAAUACACACACAGGAGGAGACAAUACACACACGGGAGGAGGCAAUACACACACAGGAAGAGAAGGCUCCCAGUGCGGAGAGACUUUUAGUCGGUUAGGGAACCUGAAAGAACAUGAAAUAACACAUAAAGGAUAGAAACCAGGGGUGAAUUCGCCACCUGGUAAUUCUGGCAAAUGCCAGAUGGGCUGGACCAUUUUUUUUAGUUGGGGUGGUCAAAAUUGAAAUGCGCACAUGUAUUUUUUUUAAUAUAUUAAAAUACAAAAAUGACCUAUAAUAUAUAUUUUUGUGCAAUUUCUCAGUUAUACUAAUGAGCCUUUGGCUGGUCAGUGCAGUAGAACCUUCACUGGGCAAUGGCCGGGCCCCCCUACCAAGUUGGGCUGGCCAAUUUUCCCAUUCAAAGUCAAACGCGGCAUCAGCAUAGAGACGUGCUCCGACUGUCAUCAGUAAGACAGCCAAUAUAGGCAGUCAUCAGUAAGACAGCCAAUAUAGGCAGUCAUCAGUAAGACAGCCAAUAUAGGCAGUCAUCAGUAAGACAGCCAAUAUAGGCAGUCAUCAGUAAGACAGCCAAUAUAGAAGGCUACAACCUUCUCUGAGUGUAGCAGAAGGCUACAACCUUCUCUGACUGUUGUAACUAAGGAUAUUUCAGUCGCAGAAGGCUACAACUUUCUCUGACUGUUGUAACUAAGGAUAUUUCAGUAGCAGAAGGCUACAACCUUCUCUGACUGUAGCAGAAGGCUACAACCUUCUCUGACUGUUGUAACUAAGGAUAUUUCAGUAGCAGAAGGCUACAACCUUCUCUGACUGUUGUAACUAAGGAUAUUUCAGUAGCAGAAGGCUACAACCUUCUCUGACUGUAAGGAUAUUAUUGGGGCAAAACGAUUUGCGUUUUAACCACACGUUUACAUUUGUGAUGAUGUAAUCUUUAUAGUUAUGCUGCCAUAUUUUAGCCUGAGAUGCUGAAAAAGAACACUACUAUUUUGACUGCUUGUAAUGAUGCUGAUAACAGAACAUUAAAUGACUAUUUAGA